UCCAAUUCUUAUGUCGUCUUUCUCAUUUUUUAGAUUCAAAAGCAAAAGGUAGCUUGUGAAAAAAAAAAAAGAGACAUUACACAUAUAUACCAAUUUUAGAUGACUCCUAAAAAGAUUACAUGGAAGUCUGUUACCUUGAUCUUAAGUUGUUACAAGGUUAAGGAGGAAUCAGAGAAACAGGUUUUAAAACAAGGUUCUUUUCAGAGGCUAUGCCUAUCGGAUGUAAGCAAUUCAAGCUCAACUCAGGCCAUGGAAGAUCUUUCAAUUUCCCUUGCUGGCUCAAAACUUCAUACAUUCACCCUUGAGGAGCUAAGAGAAGCAACACAUAAUUUCUCAUGGAGUAAUAUGCUUGGUGAAGGUGGGUUUGGACCUGUUUACAAGGGUUUUUUUGAUGACACACUUAGGCCUGGUUUGAAGGCUCAGACUGUGGCUGUGAAACGAUUGGACUUGGAUGGCUUGCAAGGUCAUAGGGAGUGGCUGGCAGAGAUUAUAUUUCUUGGACAGCUAAGGCAUCCACAUCUUGUUAAGUUAAUUGGGUACUGUUAUGAGGCUGAACACAGGCUUUUGGUUUAUGAAUACAUGGCAAGAGGCAGCUUGGAGAAUCAACUUUUCAAAAAAUACUCUGCUGCCAUGCCAUGGUCAACCAGAAUGAAAAUUGCAUUGGGAGCGGCUAAGGGCUUAGCCUUCCUUCACGAAGCAGAUAAGCCUGUAAUAUACAGGGAUUUCAAAGCUUCAAACAUCUUACUAGAUUCUGAUUUCACAGCUAAACUCUCAGAUUUCGGUCUAGCUAAGGAUGCCCCUGAAGGGGAAGACACGCAUGUAACAACACGCAUAAUGGGAACACAAGGCUAUGCUGCUCCUGAGUACAUCAUGACAGGUCACCUCACAACCAAGAGUGAUGUGUAUAGCUAUGGAGUGGUUCUGUUGGAAUUGCUGACAGGAAAACGGGUAGUGGAUAAGUCCUUCCAGUUAAAUAGAGGGAAGAGCUUGGUGGAAUGGGCAAGGCCUUUGUUGAGAGAUCAAAGAAAGCUGCAUAGUAUCAUAGACCGUAGAUUGGAAGGGCAAUUUCCUAUGAAAGGAGCCAUGAAGGUUGCUAUGUUGGCUUUUAAAUGCUUGAGUCACCACCCAAAUCCAAGGCCGGCUAUGAGUGAUGUGAUGAAGAUUUUGGAACCACUUCAGGCAGUGAACGUCGGAGCGUCGAGCCUGUCGUUGGCUGGGUCCAGCUUCAUUGUACUCUGCUACCUUCUCUUCAAGGAGCUCCGCAAGUUCUCCUUCAAGCUCGUUUUCUACCUCGCCCUCUCCGAUAUGCUUUGCAGUUUCUUCAGAAUUGUAGGGGACCCAUCCAAAGGUUUCUUUUGUUAUGCUCAGGGCUAUAGCACACAUUUCUUUUGUGUGGCAUCUUUCCUGUGGACUACAACAAUUGCUUUUACCCUGCACCGUACUGUUGUAAAACACAAAACAGAUGUUGAAGAUUUGGAGGCCAUGUUUCACUUGUAUGUCUGGGGUACCUCCCUAGUUAUGACAGUUAUGCGCUCCUUUGGUAAUGACCAUAGACAUCCUGGUGCAUGGUGUUGGACUCAAACAGGUCGCACAGGGAAGGCGGUUCAUUUUGUAACAUUUUACAUGCCACUCUGGGGAGCUAUUUUAUAUAAUGGGUUUACAUACUUGCAAGUCAUACGCAUGCUGAAUAAUGCAACCCGUAUGGCGGUUGGUAUGUCAGGCCAAGCUCAUGUCUCAGAUGCAAGAGACAACAUGAGGGCUCUGAAUCGCUGGGGAUACUAUCCCCUAAUUCUAAUAGGAUCAUGGGCUUUUGGCACUAUUAACCGUAUUCAUGAUUUUUUUGAACCCAGCCAUAAGAUCUUCUGGCUCUCACUUCUUGAUGUUGGAACGGCUGCUCUUAUGGGCCUCUUCAACUCAAUUGCAUAUGGCCUCAAUUCUUCUGUUCGUCGGGCAGUUUGUGAAAGACUGGAAAAGUUCUGGCCUGAGAGAUUAAACAGAUGGCUACCUAACAAUUUUAAGUACAAGAACCUACAGCAAGAAAGUGAACUAGUUCUGUUAAAAACUGAAGAUCAGCGAUAGUGAAUAUCCUUCGUACUAUAUUUUGACAUUUUUCAUUCUAAUUUACUGAGAUGCUGCUUAAUAGACAACAGAGGAUCUGCUGGCAGCCAUAAUUCCAGGUUAUAUGUUGCUUUGCUGCAUCAGUUAGGUGAAUCAUUCACACUGAAUCUUGUACUGACGAGGAUCCUUCUCAAACAAUCAGAGGAUGUACCAGUUCAUCUGGAAUUUGUCUUUGGAAGCUGUUAUUCUCAAAUUGAAGACUACCUGUGACUGCAGAAAGUGCUUUUAAUUUUGCCGAAAAGGCUCAACGUCUCUCCCCGUGAUUCAUCUUUACCCUUGUAUUUUUUUGCUAAUUUCGGUAAUAGAAAGUUUUCUUAAUUUUCCUAGUUUUAUAGGCUAGGUGCACUUUCAGAUUGUUACAAAUUGCUAAACAACUUUUCCAGAUUUGCUGGGUAUUUGUAUCACACCUCCGGCAAUAAAGG